AUGCUCUGGUUCCCCGUCGCCCCCGGGGCCCCGGCCGAGGCGGGCCCGGAACCUCUCCGGAGUCCGGCCUGGGCUCUGCGCUGCCACCCGCUGCCGGGAGCCCGCGCUGCUCCGGGCGCGCCUGGGCGGACGCACGGACCCACCCGCGCUGCUGGGCUCCCCGCCGCCCGCCGGCCCCGUGCGCUCAUUGGUUGGGGAUGUGUCUGCUCAGCAGCCGCCAACUUCCCCCGAAUCCCACGGGUGAGUCCCGGGAGAGCGAGCCGGCACCUGGGAGCUGAGGGAGAUGGGUCCAAAGGGCGUGAGACCUCCCCGGGGGCGGUGGGAGCUGUUGGGACGGGAGCUGGAGGGCAGAGCUGGCUGCGGGGCGCGGCUGCCCGGGAGGUGCGCGGAACCGGGUCGACGACACAGGUCCGGCGCGAUCCGAGCGCCCGCGACCCCGCGGGCCAGGGAGGCGUGCCCUGGGAAAAGCCGAAACUGAGACUUAAAGAGUGA